AAAUCUUUCAGCAGUGGCCCACAGCACUAAUACUACCUUCAAUAUAAAAAUGUGCCUGUUUGUAGUCACUUCUACCAUCACCAGCAGCAACAGAGCCUGAGCUGCAAGGAAAACACAGUGCUCACUAUUAAGGGUGUUUGUUUCUAAUACUCUGUCUAACUAUGGUGGACUACUAUGAAGUUCUAGGAGUGCAGAGAUACGCAUCAACAGAGGACAUUAAAAGAGCUUACCGUAAAGUGGCACUUAAAUGGCAUCCUGAUAAAAAUCCAGAAAACAAAGAGGAAGCAGAACAAAAAUUCAAAGAAGUUGCUGAGGCAUAUGAAGUAUUAUCUAACAGUGAAAAACGGAAUAUUUAUGACAAAUAUGGCAAGGAAGGAUUAAAUGGAGGUGGAAGUCAUCUUGACGAUGAAAGUGAGUAUGGUUUCACAUUCCAUAAGGCAGAUGAUGUCUUUAAGGAAAUUUUUGGUGAAAGGGACCCGUUUUCAUUUCACUUCUUUGAGGACUCGCUUGAGGACCUUCUGAGCAGCUCAAGGAUCGCUAAUGAAAGCAGAAGCCAAGGCAUAGGAUCCCCUUUCUCCCGUGCACGUGCCUGUGACCACUCAGUGUUUGCCAGGCUGUCCUCUUAUGACACAGGAUAUACGUCUUAUGUUUCACUGGGGCAUGAGAGCCUUGCUUCAUUCUCUUCCCUGGCAUUUGAUGAUACUGGGAUGGGCAAUUGCAUACCAAUUACACAUUCAGGCAAAAUUGUUAAUGGAAGAAAUAUCAAUACAAGGAAAACUUUUGAGAAGCAUCAAGAAAGAGAAGCUGAAGAUGAUGUUGAGUUGAGAUCCUUUCUUGUAAAUAGUGUGGCAGAUGAAGAGGGCUUUGCAGGAAAACAUAACUGGAGAAGACGGGCAUUCAACAGUUACUCACCAAAUUACUACAGUCCCCCAAAUAUAUCUCAAUAUAAUUUUGUGGACAAUAAUGAACAAAGUACACCUUGGGUCACCACCAAGAAGGAUCCUUCCAUUUUCUCAGCAGGAUUCAAAGAAGGUGGCAGGAGAAAAAAGAAGAAGCAUAAAGAGGGGCAGAAGAAGAAGCCAAACAAAAGGAAUCGCUAA